UCAGUAUAUGUACGACAUUUAAACAAGAGUGUAAUACUUUCCUUGUGGACCGUGAGACAAUGAUUAUAAGGUUACUGACUGUGCUGUUAUCAGUCAAUGGAGCAAUGUGCUUCUCGGACUGCUACGAUAUCAAACAACAGAACCCCGACGCCACCAGUGGAGUGUACAACGUAACGUUAUGGUGGAGUAAGGUGUCAAUCGAGGUGUAUUGUGACAUGGACACUGCUGGGGGCGGGUGGACGGUGUUCCAGAACCGUUUUAAUGGCUCAGUUGAUUUCUUCAAUGAUCUUGACGCUUACACAAACAUGUUUGGUAACAUAAACUCCGAAUUUUGGCUCGGCCUAAAGUUCAUCAAAGAAUUGGCUGACCAAGGCGAAAUGACUCUUCGGUUUGACGUGUCAGCUGCAGAUGGGACCACCGGAUAUGAGGAGUGGAAGGGCUUCCGGUUAGCAGGCCCACCUGGAUAUCAGCUGUUUGUCGGAGGCAACGGGACCGGGAGUGCACUAAACCAGUCUGAAAUAUUCAAAAACGACCGAUACUUUGAGCAAAGCAACAAUGGUUCCUCGUUCGCCGCCCGCGAGAGCGUCUGCGGUGACCUGGAUUGGGGAGGCUGGUGGUUUGCCUUUUGUACCCACAUCAACCUGAACGGCCGAUACCUGAAGCCUGGAACCAUAUCGGGGGUGGGGCCGGACUGCGGGAUUAUCUAUCUGUCGUUUAAAGGAGCAGAAUCGCUGAAGACAACGCGUAUGAUGUUGAGAAGAGAAAAUGGAAAUCAUACUUGAUUUGUCCUCACACCUAUGUUGAUUUACAUGUAUUGAUAUUUAUUUCAAUAGAGUAUUCAUCAUGUUGUAAUUCUGUUAUUCCAUCUUCAGUGUGUGUAUACCACGUGUUAAAUUACGUCAUAUAUGC